GUCGAUAAUUUUCAUUUAGACUUCAGAAGUGUUAUACCACGAAUUGGACCAUAGUUAAACAACCUUCGGUGUAUUUACACCCGAAAGUGAAAACAAAAUUUCAGUUGGAUCAUGUAUGAAAAACAACCCUCUUUGGGCACAGAGUGCCCCCAGUCCGGGGAUUACCUCUCCAUGUUAACCUCCAAAGGAGCCUACGACACAAACUGUUCCUCGGGAUAUCCCAUGACAUCCAUCCCGAGCAUGAACUCAAUCGGCAGCAUGAGCAUGAGUAUGCAGUCCAUGGCUAUGACCAAUAACUACUCCCCACCCAGCAUGGGUGGCAUGGCUGGCACCAUGACCCCACCGGGAAUGACCAACCUCGGAAUGACCCCCGGGAUGGGAAUGCAUCCCGGCAGCAUGCACGCAGGUAUGAAUUCAAUGAAUUCAAUGUCCCCCAUGAAUGGUAUGAGUUCCAUGGGUGGCAUGCCGAUGAAUGGGAUGGGAGCUCCCAUGACCCCGAUGAGAAUGGAGAGUUAUAACCGAGCCCAGGCCAUUAACCGGGCCCGGGACAAGUCCUACCGACGGAGCUACACCCACGCCAAACCUCCCUACUCCUACAUUUCUCUGAUUACAAUGGCUAUUCAACAGUCUCCGAACAAAAUGUGCACUCUCAGCGAAAUAUACCAGUUUAUUAUGGACUUGUUCCCUUUUUACCGACAAAAUCAACAAAGAUGGCAAAAUUCUAUCCGACACAGUUUAUCCUUCAAUGACUGUUUUGUGAAAGUUCCGCGGACCCCGGACCGACCCGGCAAAGGAAGCUACUGGACCCUACACCCAGACUCAGGAAACAUGUUCGAGAACGGAUGUUAUCUUCGGCGACAGAAGCGCUUCAAGUGUCUGAAGAAAGAAAUGAUUCGACAGUCGUUGUCAAAGAGCGAAGACGGGUCUGUGAUUGAAAACCCGCACUCUCCUCGCAGUGAUCAGAGUUUAUCUCCUCCACCCCAUAGCCCGGAGGACCUCCCCAACGCACAGGAACAACCGGACAGGAAGCCGGAAAUUCCCAUCACGACACACAACACCACCACCCCUCCGUCCCAGCAUCAGGAGAUGCCCCCGUCGAUGCGGCACCACCCCCAGCAUGACCCCCUGUCGCAGGCGUACAACAAUGGCCAAUAUAACCCUCACUCAUUUCAUCACCCAUUCUCUAUAACCAGUUUAAUUACAGACAAUGCAAAGAUGGACAUGAAAAGUAUGUAUGAGAUGCCCAAUAUGUAUGCAGGUUAUAAUAACUCGAUGGCUUUGCCCCCGAUGGCAAAGACCGAGUCCUCGACCCCCAUGCCUCUCUCGGACAAUGGUUACUACAAAACCUACGCGCCGCACUCAACGGCAAGUCUGUGAAGUGUCACUCCUAAACAGGAACAAACUCAGUUUUAUUCAGAAAGCUGUAAACCAAAGAUAAAUUUUGUCUCAGCGAGCUGUGGUUUGUAAAGUAAUAGUGCGAUGUGAUUUUUUUUUUAAAUAUUGUGUGAAUGUGAUUUUAAUACAAAAUAAGAUUUUUGUGUUUUUUAUAAAGAACUGUGUAUGCGAGAAUAGGAUACUUGUAGAUCAUGUGUUUCCCGGAGGCCGGUGGAUCAAGUUGCUGUUUUCCAAUUAAGAAAGCACUCUUCGAAAUAAAGAAGAAAGGUUGUAUUCCGACCGGUUCGCGACAAUCUGUUAUGUGUUCAGAUGAAAAUUAGACAUUUUGUGUGUAAAUAUAUAUCUAUAUUCAAUUCUACAUUUUAACAUUAAGAAAAAUAAUUUAUUUUUAUAUGAAAUUUUCUAAAACUGGAGCUUUAAAUAUGUAAUAUUUUUAAGGUGAACAAAAUAAUGUGUAGAGAAAUAUGAUGAUAUUUAUAUUUAAUUUUACAUGUUCGCGCCCGAGUGGAACAAUUUUUCCUGGAGAAUUGAAUGGUUGUAGAUUCUGAUAAGCCCACGUGUUGACAGCUCAAACUAUGAUAUUUAUUUUAUUUUCUUUUAAAAUCUAAGUCAUUUUUGUUAUACUUUCUGUAGACAUGAACAAAAAUCAGAAUAUAUAUAACUAUCAAACACAGUA